AUGGGUCAUUUUUCAUCUCAAGUGUUUCUUUCUUUGAUAGUCCAGCGGAUGGGUCAUUUUUCAUCUCAAGUGUUUCUUUCUUUGAUAGUCCAGCGGAUGGGUCAUUUUUCAUCUCAAGUGUUUCUUUCUUUGAUAGUCCAGCGGAUGGGUCAUUUUUCAUCUCAAGUGUUUCUUUCUUUGAUAGUCCAGCGGAUGGGUCAUUUUUCAUCUCAAGUGUUUCUUUCUUUGAUUCCAGCGGAUGGGUCAUUUUUCAUCUCAAGUGUUUCUUUCUUUGAUAGUCCAGCGGAUGGCUUUCUUCCUUUCUUACCGUCUCUUUCUCACCAUUUAUCUACAAAAUCUAAAUCACGACUUGUCCUUCUCUCUCUCUCUCUCUCUCUCUCUCUUUACUCGGUUUCUACUCAACAUUUUCUCACACUUUCUAAUAUUGACCAGUAUAUUCACAAAAAAGAUUGGCACCAGAAGUGUCUGCUGAAGUCACAGGCAGCGGACAGGAAUUGUCCGGCGGCUUAA